AUGGCCGACCUCCGCGUUCUACUCAUUGGCAGCGGCGGCCGCGAACACGCGCUUGCCUGGAAACUGAGCCAGUCGCCGCGAGUCGAACGCAUCUUGGUGGUGCCCGGUAAUGGAGGUACCGCGACAUGCCCUAAGACCGCGAACGUCCGCUCCGUCUCGGCCGAGAACUUUACAGGGCUCGUCGAUUUCUCAAAGUCCAAUGGCAUCAACCUGGUCGUCCCCGGUCCCGAGGCACCACUGGUCGACGGCGUAGAAGACUUCUUCAGAAAGGCCGGCAUACCGUGCUUCGGCCCGUCCAAAGAGGCAGCGCGGCUGGAAGGCAGCAAGACGUACUCGAAAGAUUUCAUGAGGAAAUACGAGAUCCCCACAGCUGCAUAUGAAAACUUUUCCGACCACGACAAGGCCACCCGCUACCUUGACAGCGUCGGCCAUGACGUCGUCAUCAAGGCGACAGGCCUAGCGGCCGGAAAGGGCGUCAUUCUUCCCCAGACAAAAGACGAGGCCAAGGACGCUCUCAAGAAAAUCAUGGUGGACAAGGUCUUUGGCGCCGCGGGCGACGAGGUCGUCAUCGAGGAACUCUUGAUCGGAGACGAGUUGAGUGUCCUCACCUUUUGCGACGGGUAUACGACCAAAUCGCUGCCGCUCGCUCAAGACCACAAGAGGAUCUUCGAUGGAGACCAGGGCCCAAACACGGGCGGCAUGGGCUGCUAUGCCCCAACAAACAUUACCACACGGGAGUUGAUGGAGAGAAUCGACACGGAAAUUCUCAAGCCCACUAUAUCAGGCAUGCGCCGAGAGAGGCAGCCCUUCCGAGGCGUCUUGUUUACCGGCCUCAUGAUCACGAGCGCGGGACCCAAGGUACUCGAGUACAAUGUGCGAUUCGGUGACCCCGAAACCCAGACCGUGUUGCCGCUUCUUUCUGCCGAUACCGACCUGGCCGACAUCAUGCUCGCCUGCGCCGAAGGAUACUUGGACAACUGUCAACUUAAGGUCGACAACAAGUUCAGCGCCACCGUCGUCCUGGCCGCUGGAGGAUACCCUGGCCCUUACGCCAAAGGCACCCUGAUAUAUGUCCGGGACCCUCCCAACGGUAGCACGAUCUUCCACGCCGGGACCAAGCUUAGCGAAAGCCAGCUGACGACAUCCGGGGGCCGUGUCAUUGCAGUCAACUCCGUGGGCAAUUCGCUGAGAGAGGCCGUCGACGCAUGUUACGCCGUCCUGUCCUCUGGAGUGAUUGAGUUUGAUGGCAUGUUCUUCCGAAAAGACAUUGCCCACCGAGCCUUUAGGGAAACGAGCGAGGCGGCCCUGACCUAUGCCCAGGCUGGCGUAGACAUCCAAGCAGGAAACCACUUUGUGGAAAACAUCAAGAAGGCGGUUGCCAGCACUAAGCGACCCGGCGCUGACGCCGAGAUUGGUGGCUUCGGUGGAGAGUUGGACCUCUCUCAGUGCGGAUACCAAGACGCGCCUAUCCUGGUCGGCGCCAUCGACGGCGUCGGGACGAAACUCAUGAUUGCACAGUCGAUGAAGCGGCACGACACCGUGGGCGUUGAUCUUGUGGCCAUGAAUGUCAACGACCUGAUUGUACAGGGGGCGACGCCGCUUAUGUUCCUCGACUACUACGGCUGCAGUAAACUGGACUUGGCCUCUGCCGCCUCGUUUGUUGAGGGCGUCGCCGACGGCUGCCGCCAGGCCGGAUGCGCCCUGGUGGGCGGCGAGACGGCUGAGAUGCCGGGCAUGUAUCAGGGUGAGGAUUACGACGCGGCCGGCUGCGCGGUUGGCGCCGUCGCAGCCUCCAACCGCCUCCCACGCAAAGACGCCAUGGCUGAAGGGGACGUGCUCUUGGGCCUGGCAUCGCACGGAGUACACUCCAACGGCUUCUCCCUCGUGAGACGCAUCGUGCAGAGAGCCGGCCUCGAGUACACCUCCGAGGCGCCUUGGGACUCGUCCCGGACCGUCGGCGAGUCGCUGCUGACGCCCACGCGCAUCUACGUCAAAAGCCUUCUCCCCGUCCUCGCCCAGAUCAAGGGCCUGGCGCACAUCACCGGCGGCGGUCUCGUCGAGAACGUGCCGCGCAUGCUGCCCGAGGCCCGCCUCGCUGCCGACAUCGACUUUGGCUCGUGGGACAUACCGCCCGUCUUCCGCUGGCUCAAGGCAAAUGGCGGUGUUGUCCCCGCCGAGAUGUGUCGCACCUUCAACGUCGGUCUCGGCAUGGUCAUCACUGUCGACGCCUCAGAGGCCGACGCCGUUGCCCGGGCGCUCGCCGCAUCCGAGAAGGUAUUCCGUAUCGGCCGCCUGCUGCCUCGCGAACAGGGGCGGCCGGCUUGCGUGAUCCGGAAUCUCGAGAGCUGGGUGUGA